AUGGUCUUGGCUCAGACCUUCGCCAUCUCCCUACUGAUCCCCUCCAACUCGUGCGCUGAGCCCCUCUGCUCCACCACCCCGGGAGAGGAGGAGACCCAGUUCAACGAAGGGAUUAAAUACGUGUCGGCCGAAGGGGAGGAACUGGCGUGCGGCUGGGGGGGGUUCACCCCCGGCUGCUUACAGCUCUUUAACACAUCCAAGGGCGUCUUGUUCUUCCUCUGCGUGGCCUCCUUCCUGCAAGGCAUGACGGUGAACGGCUUCAUCAACACGGUCAUCACCUCCAUCGAGCGACGCUUCGACCUCCGCAGCUACCAGAGCGGGCUGAUCGCCAGCUCCUACGACAUCGCGGCGUGCGUCUGCCUGACCUUCGUCAGCUAUUUUGGGGGGAACGGCCACAAGCCGCGAUGGCUGGGUUGGGGGGGGCUGGUCAGGGGGGGGUCCCAUCUGUUGGGCUCCCUGCUCUUUGCCUUGCCCCACUUCACCACGGGACGGUACGAGGUGCGUUCGGCAGCGGAGGUGGGCGUCUGCGGGGGGAACCAGAGCCUGCCCUGCGCCCAGGCUGCCUCCAGCCUCUCCAGCUACAGGUUCGUCUUCAUGCUGGGGCAAUUCUUGCAUGGGAUGGGAGCCACGCCGCUCUACACGCUCGGUGUCACCUAUUUAGAUGAAAACGUCAAGACUAACUACUCCCCUGUGUACAUUGCUGUUUUCUACACUGCUGCAAUCCUUGGGCCUGCAGCGGGUUAUCUGGUAGGAGGAAUGUUUCUAAAUAUUUAUACUGAAAUUGGCAGAGAGAUCGACAUCACCCCGGAGAACACGCUGUGGGUGGGGGCAUGGUGGAUCGGCUUCCUCGGGGCCGGAGCAGCCUCCCUCCUCAUCUCCAUCCCCAUCCUGGGGUACCCCCAGCGCCUGCCAGGAUCCCAGCGGUACAUCGUUAUGAGGGUGUCAGAGGCUCAUCAGCUAAAGGAUGGGAGCCACAAAAAAGCAUCGGAUCCGGACUUUGGGAAAACAGUUAAAGAUCUGCCUCGGUCAGUACUGCUGCUUCUGAAGAACCCCACCUUCAUCUUCCUCUGCUUAGCGGGAGCAACUGAAGCCACACUCAUUGCUGGGAUGUCCACAUUUGGACCCAGGUUCCUGGAGUCUCAGUUUAGUUUAAGUGCCUCUGAAGCUGCUACGUUUUUUGGUUAUCUGGUCGUGCCAGCCGGAGGGGGAGGCACGUUCCUGGGAGGGUUCCUUGUGAAUAAAUUUAAACUCCGCUGUUCAGGAAUCAUCAAAUUGUGUUUACUCUGCACCGUGUCAAGUCUGCUGGCUAUAUUCAUUUUUUUUAUUCACUGCCCUAACAUGCCGAUGGCGGGAGUAACCCAGAUGUACGAGGGAAGUGCUUUGCCUGGCGGCCGCCUAAACCUGACAGCAGCCUGCAACGCCGGGUGCGGCUGUCUACAGGAGACCUACAGCCCUGUCUGCGGGAGCGAUGCCGUCAUGUAUUACUCUCCCUGCCACGCCGGGUGCAAAAAAGUGUCUGAAAUCCUCAGGAAUGGCAAGAAGGUCUAUCACGAGUGUAGCUGUGUUGAGAAAACCCUCCUGCCCGGCCCUGGCGACGCAGAGGCAGGGAAAUGCACCUCCUCUUGUGCAAAAAGGUCCCUGCUCCUGUUCUUCAUGUUCAUGGUGAUCCUCUUCACCUUCCUGAGCAGUAUUCCUGCCCUGACCGCCACUCUGCGGUGUGUCUCUGACAGGCAGAGGUCAUUCGCACUCGGGAUCCAGUGGAUUGUGGUGCGAACGCUAGGAGGCAUCCCUGGCCCCAUCGCCUUCGGGUCCAUGAUCGAUAAAUCCUGCCUGCUCUGGCAGGACCAGUGUGGUGAGCAAGGUUCUUGCUACGUUUACCAGAACUCAGCCAUGAGCCGAUACACCCUCAUCGCUGGACUGGUCUACAAGGUGCUUGGGACAACCUUCUUCGUAGUCGCCUGUUUACUCUACAAACCCCUGCCACCAGAGUCGGCUCCGGGCAGCUCGGAUACGUCUGAAAACGGCAACGGUGAACUUCCGGAGCACAAACCAUCGCUGCCGGCUGAAGGGGAUAUAUAG